CUGCGUAUUCCACCAUCCACAGCCAUCCAGCAGCCUGCUUCUCUCCCCGAGACAGGCACUCAUGCCCUCCAAUCUCCAUCGCCACAGUUCGAUGUGGCUGUGAGGCUGCGACACGCAAUCCAGCGCUGACGAUCCGUCAUCUUUCUUGGCUUCAACGUCUCGUACUCCACACGAACCAGCCUUUUGCCCCAGAUCGACCUGACCGUGCCUGGAAGUCAAUUAAGCCUGUACAUGUCAGGAAGCAAGAGAAAGGAAAAUGCUCGACGCAGAAUGAUGUGCCCACUUCGCCAGGUCAUUAUGUCUUUUAUACAAGAGGUCUAGCUACUUCGCUGCAUGCAAUAUUCCGAGAUCUAGAAACUAUCCGGCUACGUCGCAAGCCACCUGAAAUACGAGCGACGAGACUCCUCCCACACCCGGUACUGUUGCCAGGGCGGCACUCACGGUAUCUUUCAAAGCAUCUGAGCAUUGAAAGCCGGACGGGGGCGGGACCGAAGUGCAUUGACUGUUGACACUGACAGUCAUGGACGCCUGUACGGCCUUGUCCUUGUCAACAACCUGGACUCCGACAAAAGAGACUGGCGACGGCACUGUGUCCAAAGCCUUCUGCAUCAAUCCUUUCAUGUAGUCUCUUUGGUUGUUGUCGUUGAAUCCUCCCGACAUGGCGAUCGUGGUGGUGCAGUCUUCCGAACUACACGCCCCUGGAUCGAUCAGUUGGAGUCCUUCGUUGCACGCAAUAUUGGAGGGUGAGAUGGUCUGAGAGAGGACAAGCGUGUUGGUGGGAUCGCACGCAGUACCGCUUGCGCAUGCCUGGUUGACCACGUUGUUGAUCUGGUUCUGCAGCGUGUCCCCGCCGAAGAUCUGGAUUGCCAACGCGCCGACCGCGACGUUGCUCGUCGAUUCGACAAAUGGAUUGUCGAAGGCGGCUUGAUUGAAGCAGAUGGCAGCCUGACCGAUCACAGGCGUGCAUGCGACCGUCGACACGGUCUCGAGAAAGUUUUGGCACGCGCUGUCGCCGUAAAUGUUGCACUGGAAGCCUGAGUCGACACUGACCACGUUGACCGAAUUGAACUGGCCCUGUGCUUGACAACCGCUGCUGUCUGUCGUAUCCUUGCCAUUGGCAUGGAUGUUUUGGAUGGCGGUGCCUCCACCUCCUCCACAAUUGUCGUCGUUGAAGGUCUGGAGGGAGAUAUCGCCGGCCACUGCCAGGAUGAGGGAAGAGAGGCACAAGAAGAUCUCCAUGAUCGAUGCAGCAGCACCAGCUUUUUGAGAUGCGGGCAAGGGAGGAACGUCGCUGCCUGCCACCGCGCUGUUGUGACGGGAGAUGCCAGUAAGGGGUGGAGCAGGUAAUGUGAGAUGAAGACUUCGUCUUGAGGUUUGCACGCAGUAGAACCACUCUGCCUGUCAGCCCGCACCCUGAGAGCUUGUACUUAUACACUGAUGCGCCAUAGCAGGGAACCAGGGCAGCAUGAGUCCACCUCAGACCAAAUUAGAGCCCCCAAGAUCUUUGGCUGAUGCGACCUCGAAGCGGAAAAUACUCGGUGCACUCGACUCUUCAUCUUGGCUCCUCUACCCAGUACCCAACCGCCAAUAGGUCGACGCGGCGCAAGCGGAGUGAGAAUGGGCGGGUACUGUUGCAGCAAGACAGUCAGAGUGUCUUUGACAGAGUGGCGCAAGGGUGAGUUAAUUUCCAACAAUCUUGCCGUGUAUCAGCUCCGACCAUGGACCUUUACCCGGCAGGAAUACUCGCUGGCCAUGUAUAGCUGGAUUGGGUCCUCGCGACGCAAGCUUGCCAAUGGCUGGUAGGGCUGCUGACCAAACGCACCGGUGUCUCUGGUGUCAGAUUUUGGUCCAGAGCAUAAAACCACUCAUGACACCUUCUUGAUGCAAUAAUCUGAAAGAGCCGCAGAAUGAGUAUACUUGCGACUUGUAUAGCCGAGAUUAGGGGAACAAAGUCUUGGCAGCGGGCAAAAGAGGAGACCAAGCAUUCCGCCGUCACCUUAACGGUGAUAAGCACUAAUGGACCAUCCCACCUGGUAUCACUCUAUCAAAGUUUGUGAUAAGCACUGAUGGAUCUAGCAGGGAUGUUAGCUGUGGGCAAACAUAUGUGCGCGACCUGCAUUGGGAAAAUUGGUCACAUUGGUCAUGGCCAGUAUCCACGGAGUCGCCGCUUGAUAUGUAUCGAGUUGACAGUUUUGAGAGGAUGGGCAACCCAACACGUUAAAUAUAGCAUUCAGGGGGGUACCUGUUUGAAAGCAUUCAUAUCCAGCAAUACCCAUCUCACAUACCCAACCUCGCCAGCAUUAAGCAUAUUUUCUUUGAUUUCCCUCGAUCACUCUUUUGCACCUCCCCACCCAGGCCAGAAGCCGUUGAGUCCGACUCAAAACUGCUUGGAGGCGAACAAUGGACCCUCACCAAUCUUCCUAUGAGCCGUUUCGGCACGCCCGAGACGGGUACGACGCCGACAGACACAUGGACGCUGCCGCGGACGACGAGACUCUUCUGAAGCAGGAAGACCACGCGCGCCAGCAGCAUGCUAUGAACCAGCCACGCAGUCAGGGCGGCCGUCUCAACAAUGAGCGCGCUCCUCGUGCUCGCUUCCAGACUAUCCGCACCGUCUUCAGAGUCCUGUCGCUUGUCCUGGCCAUCACAAUCCUCGGUAUCCAAGCCUACUCGAUCUACGUCUGGCUCAAGACGCGACGUCAGUCGACAAGGAACCAGACGACGGGCUUCCAGACCAUGAUCUGGGCUAUCAUCGAUCCCUGGCCGACGUGGGUCAUGUUGGGUGCCGCUGUGGCCGCCGUUGUCGUCCAUUUCAUCGCAUUUGGAAGUCUCUGUGGCUGUUGUCAGAGCGCGCGCAGAGGUGCAUCCCACGUCUGGGCCGUUUAUCUUAGCUCCAGCUUGUUGCUUUCCGCGUGGAUUGCUGCCCUCGUGUACUUCAAGGUCGUUGACAGCAUGGGCGACAAGAAGAAGAACUGGGAUCUUUGGUCGUGGAGCUGCCACAAACGCUCUACCAAGGAUGGAGACGUGGCCUGGAACGCCCUCUGUAUUGAGAACAACUAUACCUUUUUUGCGGCAAUCGUCGUGGUGCUUUUGGAGGGUCUCGGUCUUAUUCUAUUCAUCGCUUCGCAGCACAGUGCCAAGAUGAAUAUGCCCUCGAUGAAGAUGCCAAAGCUCUCGGGAUACAGGCGUUUCUAGAGCAACGACGAGGCUGGUCAAGAUCGGGGAAAUGGGGAAAUGGAGGGCAGAAGAGUCAUUACCGAGCGACAACCGAGACUGACUGUUGACGGAAGCGUGACUCCAUAGACACUCUGCCACGGAGCCACGAGGGAGUCGCAAAGUGUAGAAACGAACAAUGUAAACCACGAGCUAGAAUGGUUGUGCGAGGGCAAGACCAGGUCAAAUGAGAUUCUGCCCGCACCUCCGACGUAUCGUUGUCAGCGUCAGAAGCCCAGGUUGGCAAUGAACUGAUCCAUCAGGGGCUUG